CGGGGACUUCAACAACUAUAUCACAGAGCAUCAGGAACAUAGCUUUUUCCUCCAUGGACCUCUCAGCAGACGCUGCUUUUGUCAACAACACUCGACCCGGUACGCCCGCAGCGGUCGCCGAAGCCUCGACGUCGGCCGGACCGUCCAAGCAGGAACGAAGGGAUUCUAGCAGUACCAUCCGACCAGAGGGUGUGGUGGUGGAGGAGAAAGAGGGAAACAAGGAAAAGGAGGAGGAUGCGGCAGUGAAGAAUGAAUCCGCUGCGACAACGGCGACAGCCACGGCGGCUGGACUCGAGCAAGAAGUCGGGCAGGUCGUUCAGCAGCUUUCGUCCUGGGGAGGAUCCUUUUGGGGCGGGUUCAGAAAGCAGGCCGACUCUGCCCUGGAUGCCGUCAAGAAGGACUUUGCUCGGACCGUAGCCGAGGCUCAGGACGAGCUCAAGAUGCUGCAGACGCACUCGGCGUCCUUCGAGGUCCGCAAGCCCGAUAUCAACCUCGGUGCAAUCGGUGCGGCCAUAGCUGAUGGAGUCAAGGCCGAACCCAAGGUGGACAAGGGCAAGGGCAAAGAGGUCAUCGCCGGGGACGAAAAGACGGAACCGGCUUCGAGCUCGACUUCGCUGCCUACUGCCAAGCAAACGCAGGCCUUCUUCAAGAACCUCCAGAGUACGCUGGCUACCGAGGCCAACCAGAUCAAUGCCAACCUCGGUUCGCUGCAAAAGACCUUGUCCGAGAGCAUCGCCAACAACCCUUCCCUCGCCCAGAUCAACCGAGCCAACAUCUCCACCCUCUCCUCGACGAUUCAACAGAACCUCGAAAAGGCUGGGACAAAGAUCAACUUGCGUCAAGCCGAAAAGCUCGCCGAGGACUUGUUGGGCGAGGCGGGGUCGUUCUUGAAGGACGCCGUCAAGGUCGUCCCUCCCGAAGAAGGUUCUGGUUCCUACACCUAUUCGUGGGACGGGACCGACGUCGGGGUGUAUGGCUCGGCAGAGGAGGGCAACAACAACAACAAGUCGACCGUGCUUUUCGAUCGAGCUAGCAUGGCAGGCAACGACCUUUCUCGCUCUCAACUCCGUCUCAACGCCCUCUUGCGACGACUCCGUACCGACGUCGAGCUGCUUUCGCAGGAUCCUUCGGCGACGAGCGAGACCAAGGCCAGGCAGGACGCUUUCGCUGCGUUCAAGAGGGACAAGAUCGAGAGUGCGGGAGGGUACGAGGGACAAGACGUACAGAAGCUCGUUUGGGCAGAGAUGGGUCCGGAAGCCAAUGACGCCGAUGUCGAGGCGCUCAAGAAGACCAAGGAUGCUCUGGUCGCCAAGCAGGUCUCGGAGGAGGAAUUCUGGACGAGGUACUUGUUCCACAAGCACAACAUCGAGGACGAGGAGAAGAAGCGUCAAGAGCUCUUGCGAGCUGCUCAACCCAAGGAGGAAGAAGACUUUAGCUGGGACGACGCCGAGGUCGACGAAAAAGAGACGCCCAAGAUGCCUUCGGCUCCUACGCCUGAACCCGUCAAGCUCCCCACCGACGAACAGACCGUCAAGGUCGAGCCUGCCGUGGCCAGUCCCGCUGCGGCUACCGUCGAGAGCGCCAGUACGAGCAGGCGUCAGAGUGAAGAGAGCUACGACAUUGUCAGCGAGCAGAGUGGUGGGAACGGGGCGAAGAAGCCGGUUGCCGAGAGCAAGCGGGAGGAUACGGAUGGGGACGAUAGCGAUUGGGAAUAGUCUGUUCUGUUCGUCUGCUAUAUACCCUCGAUGGGAACUUGCACAGUAAAGUUUCUACGGAUCUCGUUCUGGUGUGUACGAUCUAGUGGCGAGAGAUUGCGAAAAGGCAUCGUUUGACGGUUUUGAGCGGAAUCAAAAGUCAAGUCGGUCAUGCUUCAUCGGGAUUUGGCAAUCAUCCGCGACAACGAAGCAGCUCAGCAGCUCAGCAGCAAGUAUCAGUAGCUCAUUAGUACUUGUGGUAUCGCAAUCGAGUAGCGAGUAUCGAGUAGUCCAUCACGUCGACACCAAGUACCCUUGACGAUAUCUCUCUCUCUUACCACUUGGCUCGACCGACUUGGGAUUGCCCCGGUGGACAGACUUUCGAACUUCUCGCCGUUGUUUCACCUCCUCGCCAUGGUGUGAUUGAUGGGACCGAUGUCCAUCGAGUUCGACGUUUCGACCCGAUCAGAUCAGAUCAUUGAUCGAUCAU